CACUUGUGCAGCCUCCAGCGAAGGCCAUGUUGCGUAGGAUACGCGGAAGUUAUAGCACCAUGGAACAUGCUGGGCCAAGUUGUAGUUCAUCGCAAGUAUUAAGCCUGUAUUUAAAGCAUUUUUAAAGCAUGAAUGCGUAGUAAGCAAUAAACAAGUUGUCUUAUGAUAACGUUGUACGGAAAAAAAUGUUCAUAUUAAAACGUUUGCCAUUCACCGGAAGUAUUUCUGUAAGGAUGCUUCAGUACACCUCCCUAACUUUUGGAUUUGUUGUCGCGUGUCAUCGUUCUACCUCCCGUAGGGGGGCGAGUCCGUACAACUCAGUAGACAGUGAGCGCUACUCGUCCCUUGUAAAAUCUGUCAUCUCUUCGAGGACCAGUUCUCAAACGCCUGAUACCAUUCACGAUGAGGAUGAGCACAUGUUUGGACCAGUUGUCAAAGCUCAUACGCAGUCAAGACAACAGAGGAGGCUUCCAAAAGUCGUUCAUCCUUUUUUACGUUGCGAGGAAACACGGGAGCCUGAGUCAGGACCUCCAGUCCGAAUCGUGUUAAACAGGGACCAAGGUCGGUCGUCCAUACCGAGUGUUACCAGGAUUCUUCAGGCGACGCUUUCAGCAGAGCAGCUCUUCUAUCUGGAGAGAUGGAAGAGAAGGAUGGUUGCAGAACUGGGGGAGGAAGGCUUCAAAGAAUACACCCAAAACUUGUUUAGGCAAGGGAAACUUUUCCAUUCAGCCCUGGAGGAAGUUCUUAUGUCAGGCGCAACAAGGCAAGACGAAAAACAUGAACCACAAUCAUCUGAUGUGAUGGGAUACAUGAAGAGCAUCGCUUACGUUCUGGAAGAUGUGAGUGCAGCAAGAGCAAUAGAGAGCAGUGUGCAGCACGACACUCUCGAUUAUUUGGGCAUCGUGGAUUGUGUGGCCCACUACAGAGGUGUUUUGUGUGUUAUUGACUGGAAGACCUCGGAAAAACCUAAGCCGUUCCUGAGCAACACAUAUGACAACCCCAUUCAGGUAGCGGCCUACGCUGGAGCUUUGAACAGUGAUGCCAGAUACAAAUACCAGGUGGAGAAUGGGCUUAUAGUCGUUGCUUACAAGGAUGGCUCACCCGCCCACGCUCACCAACUGAACCAUGAGCUAAUGUUGGAAUAUUGGGAAAAGUGGCUGAUUCGCUUGGAAGAGUUUCGAGAACAGAGAUCCAACAAAGAGUCUGCUCAACAAACACAAUAUUCCUAGAUGCCUCCAAGCUGUGAGAAAGUUGGGCAAACUCCUCACCCUCCAUUUCAAAGACACAUUUAGUUAAUUCCACCUGUGUUCUCUACACUAAUAAACAAUUAUCUUUCU